AUGGUUCAGAUUCAUUUUCACAUGGCUCUGGGCUAUGCCAUGGAAGAAGUGAAGCUGCUGGUUUUGAUCCAAAGAUCUUUCAUGAUCUGUCACUGUGAGGGAGAUGAUGAAAGUCCCCUCAUCACACCGUGUCGCUGCACAGGGACCCUGCGCUUUGUUCAUCAGGCCUGCUUGCACCAGUGGAUUAAGAGCUCAGACACACGCUGUUGUGAACUCUGCAAGUAUGACUUUAUAAUGGAGACCAAGCUCAAACCUCUGCGUAAGUGGGAGAAACUACAGAUGACAACAAGCGAGAGGAGGAAAAUAGUGUGUUCAGUCACAUUCCAUGUAAUUGCAAUUACCUGUGUUGUUUGGUCAUUAUAUGUUUUAAUUGAUAGAACUGCUGAAGAAAUUAAACAAGGCAACGAUAAUGGUGUCCUUGAAUGGCCAUUUUGGACAAAACUCGUUGUGGUGGCCAUUGGAUUCACGGGGGGCCUGGUCUUCAUGUACGUCCAGUGUAAGGUUUACGUUCAGCUGUGGCGCAGGUUGAAAGCCUACAACAGAGUGAUCUUUGUUCAGAACUGCCCAGACACCAUCAAAAAACUGGAGGAGAAAAACUCUUCGUGCACUCAGACCUCGGAUGUCAAGGACGCGGUGGUGGUGCCAGUAGCACAGACAGGUACAAACUCUGAGCCAGCAGCUGAAGAAAUGACAUCUGAGGUCAUGCCAGUUUGA